CUCUCCAAGGACGCAUUGUAGAUACAAUAAGCGAUCCUCAUUCUCACAAUGCAGCUCACUCAACCCGAAACCCAGCCUUUUCCCUACACCAAACUUAGUGCCAACCCACCAACCAUUCGCCUCUUACAUCUCAAAAGAACAUCAAUAGGCGAGAUCACAGGAUCUCUUGAACAGUUUCCCCUUGAGACCGCAAAAUACAACGCCAUUUCCUACGUCUGGGGACCCAAGACACACUCCCGCCUCGUAAAAAUCAACAACCAUCCAGUACUCUUUUUCGAGAACCUCUACCAGAUCCUCGAAGUUAUUUGCUCGGAUGAAAAGCUCAGCAAGUGUUGGUGGUGGAUAGACUACAUCUGCAUCAAUCAAGGGGAUGGGUUUGAGGUCGAGACAGAAAGAAACAGUCAAGUUGCCAUGAUGAAGCAGAUUUAUCAGAACGCGAGCAUGGUCCUUGGUUGGCUCGGCCCGGGAGAUGAAGAGACGGAACGAGGGAUGAUGUUUCUGCACGUUUUGAAGAAGAACAGGAAUCGGUUGAAUAAAGAGAAGAAUGGCAAGGAAAGAGUUCUUGGUGUGGAGCUCGAAGAUCGCGAAAAGUGGAAGGCGGUUGAGAAUAUACUUCUUAGGCCGUGGUGGGACCGUGUUUGGACUUUGCAAGAGUACAUUGUGCCGAGAAAUUUCAAGUUUUACUGUGGCAAGGAUAAUAUUGAUAGGGGCGACUUGAAGGUUGCAAUUUACGCUAUCUACCUCUCUUUGGCCAUCGAUGCGUCUUUGAUGGCGAAGAAAGCUUACGAUAGGGCGUGGAUUCGCAGGAGGCUGCUAAUGUGGUAUCGUGAAUGUCUUCCUAUGCAUCUCCUUGGCCUAAUAGCGUACGUUGGAGACUGCAGAUUUACCAAUCCAAGAGAUAGGAUCUAUUCUGUGCUUGGGCUGAUUGAUGAUGGGGACUUGGUUGGGCAACCAAGAUACGGAGACGAUGUGAGCAAGGUAUACACAGAUCUUGUCAUGAGGUUUGCGGAGAAGUACAAGAGUCUUGAUAUCGUUUGCCUUGCCGAUCGUUUCAAUUGGAGUAUGGUGAAGGCGAAUCCCAUGUCACGACUCCCGAGUUGGUGUCCGGAUUGGAGAGCAGAAGACAUACCCUGGGUUGUUCCUGCGAUGGCUUGUCAAAGUUCGGGGAACAUUGACAACUUCAGACCCACAAAGUCGGCAUCGAAGCAACGUGAGAAAGAGGCUACUUAUGCUGCUGGAAUCAGUCGUCGCUCUUUCCAAGUUGGGGUGUCCGAGGAUCGCAAAAUUCUGUCCUGUCAGGGCAUCUUCAUCGAUUAUGUUGAUGGGAUAGGAGGGCUGAGAGUUGCGCGAAAAAGGAAAGACGACGGAACAGACAUCUGGGAAGAGUAUGAAUGUGUUCAAUCAAGCACUUCCAAGAAUAUACCCUUAUCACAGCAAGGCACUAACGACAAUCAUAUGACCGUACCCGAAUUGAAGUCACGAACCGCUAAUCGGAUCAUGUGGGAGGUGACACGAUGUCUCAUGUUGGAUCGAAAAGAUCGAUACCUUGACCAAACUCUAUCUCCAGGAUUUUGCCACUUCAGAGACCUGUGUCUAACUGCUGUUCAUACGCCUGAAAAUGUCAGUCGUCAGUUUUUUCUUGACUGGUUCAAGCGCAACCGACAGCUCCAUAUUCAAGGACACUCACUCGAGGACAUAUGCAAAGAGUCACUGGAGGUACCCUCGGAUGAGAAUGAAAGUUUUCCGGAUCAAGAGACGUUUCUAAGCCGGUUCCAAGACUCAACUCGGAGGAUGUCGAGAAGAUUCAUGACAACAAGGAAUGGCAACACUGGAAUGGUCCCAUGUCGGACUGAAAAGGGUGAUGAAAUAUGGGUGCUACAUGGAUGUCGCAUUCCAAUGGUGUUGAGAAAAGCAGACAAGGAGGCGACAUUCAACGUCGUUGGAGAAUGUUACCUGAACGACUUCAUGAACGGUGAAGCAUUCAAUCUUUUGGACGGUGAAACGACGGCAAAGUUGGAAAGCAUUCGCUUGGUGUAAGGUCUCUGGAUUGUAUCUCUUUCCUGACAUGAGCGUCUGAAUUUCCAAUAUAUAGAAGUUCUAGUCUUCUUCGUGGAACACAAAUGCUCGAACCUCAACGCUCUACCUUGGCUCUCGGAAUUUGUAUUCUUCAUCCACGAAAGCACUGUGUGGGGUUCUGCGGGUGCGACCAUCUAUCUUUGAAAGUUAUCAAAGAGGAAUGACUUUAGACUCGAG